CAAAACAUGACUGCUUAGUAUUAGUAGUAAAUAAAGAAAUAAAUUCCUCCCUGGCCCUCCCUCUGCAGAAUCGUCUCGGUCUCGAUCUCUCUCCAAUUCCGGCUUCUCAAAAUUUCCGGCGAAAUUCACCAAUCUACCAGCUCAGCCCCUUUCUCCCUUAUUCUGAUUUACUUGUCUUUGUUGGAGACCUAUUAUUAGCACAAUCAAAUUUUGGCCUCUUGCUAGGUUCAACUGAUUUGGAACAGGUUAGAAUCAAUGCCCUGUCGGCAUGGUUGUUUUCUCUCUCUCUCUCUCUGGGCUAUUGAUUCACGUAAUGCAGAAGGUUUCUGUGAUAAGACAAAGUUGGCCAAGUUCUGAACUGACAACAAGAAUCAUGUAUGAUUCUUUUAAAAGUCGACCAAAUUAUAUAACUGAUAACUAGUUUGGAGCAUGACAUGGACUGUUUAUGGACUUAUUCCACAAAUUAUGUCGUCAUGGCUUUGAGGCUUGGCAGUUUGAAGAGCAGCUUGAAAUUAGAACAGAAAAUGUCAAAGUACGGGUUGCAGCUUAGAGUUAAACCACAGCAGAAACAGCCCACAAGACCCCCGCCUCCAAAGGUGCUCGGCUUUGAUGAUGACGACGAUGAUAACGUUGAGAGGGAUAUUUUGCGCCAAGCUUAUAAGAAAAAGACCCACAAAGAUGUUGAAGAGCAGCAUAAAAAGGUUCUUGAAGAAGAUCCUUUGGCAUUUGACUAUGAUGGAGUAUAUGAUCAAAUGAAGGAGAAACAAGUUCGUCCUAAAGAGCAAGAUCGGCAAGAUAGAAAGCCAAGAUAUAUUCAAGGACUGAUAGACAAGGCAAAACAACGAGAGAGGGAACACGAGAUAGUUUAUGAGAGAAAACUUGCCAAAGAGAGAAGCCAAGACGAACAUCUGUACGCGGAUAAAGAUAAGUUUGUGACUAGUGCUUACAAGAAGAAACUGGCAGAGCAAGCCAAAUGGGUGGAGGAAGAGCGGCUUCGUGAGUUGCGUGAGCAGAAGGAUGAUGUUACCACUAAGGCAGAUCUCAGUGAUUUUUAUUUCAACCUUUCCAAAAACGUAGCAUUUGGUUCUGGAGAUGCUGACAAGGGGAAGUCUGCUGAAGUGGUGGCUCUGCCACCCCGUCAGGUCUCUCCUACGACAACUGGUACUAGUUCGGAUUUAUCAAGGAUGGCGAAGAGGCAUCAGGAUGAGAUAUCCGAGAACCAUUCUCCCAAGGAAAAGUCUGGCCGACCUUAUAGAGAGCCCAGUUCUGAUUCUUCCAUCAAAGAUCAGGUCGCAGCUGAACAAUCAGCUCGUGACCUAUCAAGACCCGACAGUCAAAAAAGAAGCGAGGACGCGGUGUCUGCUGCAGGGGACCAAAAGGGACUUGAUGAUCAAAAAGGAAGUCAGGAUGCAGUAUCUGCUGCUGCUGCAAAGGACCAUCACAAAAGAAGCCAGGAUGCGCUGGCUGCAGCGAAGGAACGAUUUUUGGCCAGAAAGAAAGCGAAAGCACAAACAAAUUUUUGAUAGAUAUCAACAGCUGUUUCUACUUGUUUUCAAGUGCCUACGCGACUUUCGAGUAAUUUCUGAAUCGGGCAGCUUAUCAUUGUAAAUUAAAAACCAAAACUAAGCCUGGGGAUAUUACUCUGUUUUUUCUUUGGGUGUAAAGAACAUUUCUCGUAGUCUUAUGAUUCAUUGUUGAA